UGAAAAAUUUUAUUGAGGUGUGAUUUGAUAUAAUAUUAAUCUCGCAAAUUGUUAGCUUACGAUAUAAGCAGUGCCGGGCUCUUCGACUAGUUACAGCUUUGAACGACUAGAGCAUAAGCAGGCGAAACGCUCCCCAAGCAUGUCGCAGGCGGGAGCAAAAGCGGCGGGCCACCCGACUCCGCCUCCGCCACCGCCGCCGUCAGCGCCGGAGGUCGUGGACCUCGAGAGCGAGGACUUCGCCUGGGGCUACUCCACGCCCAUAACCCCCUCGGGUAGGGGCUCGACGAAGCAGCAACCCAUCUCCGUGGAGCAAUACUCGGAGGAGCGUGACCUUCAGAUAGCGAUCGCCGCCUCACUCUCUACGACCACUUCCUCUCCGCCCGCAUUCGUGGACCUCUCCUCGGACGGCGUCCGAGUCAUUGAUGUGGACGAGUACGACGAGGACGCCGUGCUGGCACUACAGCUCGGCUGGUUCUUCGAAACCCCUUCCUCUAGCCGGAGGAAGAGACCCUUCUCAGAGACAUGGGUGACUGAGAGGGGUGAGUCCUCAAGCUCCAAAGCCAGGCCGCCACCUUUUAUGUGCGAAAUCUGUGCUGAGUCAAAGGACGGGGACGAUUUGUUUCAUGUACAGGGUUGUACGCAUUCCUAUUGUAAGGAAUGCAUCAGCAGGUACGUGGCCUCUAAACUGCAAGAAAGCAUCACAUCCAUCAAGUGCCCUGAGGUUGUAUGCUCUGGUCGGCUGGAGCCCGAGCAUUGCCGCUCGAUUUUGCCCCAGGAGGUCUUUGAUAGGUGGGGCAGUUCCCUUUGCGAGGCUCUGAUUCUUGGGUCCGAAAAGUUCUACUCUCCAUUCAAGGAUUGCUCGGUAAUGCUGAUCAAUGAUGGGUCUCAGGUGGUGAAGGAAUCGGAGUGCCCAUAUUGCUAUAGGAUGUUCUGUGCCCAGUGUCGGGUUCCGUGGCACGAUGGAAUCAAAUGUGAGGAGUUCCAGAAGCUGAAUAAGAAUGAGCGGGAGAGGGAGGAUAUAAUGCUGACGCAGCUCGCCAAGAAGAAAAAGUGGACGCGGUGCCCUAAGUGCCACUUCUAUGUGGAGAAGGUUGCCGGUUGCCUGUUUGUGUGGUGCAGGUGUGGAGUUGAAUUCUGCUACAAGUGUGGAACUCAGUCGAGGACUUCACACUACUGUGCAAACUGCAGACAUUAAGACUGAUUACAUGCUCCUCCCGUGGUUCUUGCUACGUUGAGGCUGUUUAUAGGAUUUGAGUUGGCUACAUAACUUGGAAUACAUGUACAUGGAUUUGACUUAAGCAUAUGAGUUCCAUAACACUUAAGGGUAGUUACAAUACGAGGGUCCAUACUCCAUACGCAUUACGCACUUCUGGGAAGUCAGUCAAAAUUGCAGCUCUUGGUUAGCCCGAAGCUGAAGCAGGCAAAGCAAAAGAGAGGAUGAAUGGCAACCCCUUUGCAAUGCUUAACUAAAAUAGACCAGAAAGGAAAGCACUGUUAGGGCAUGUUUGGUUUGCAGGAAAUGGUAGGAAACAGAAUACCUAUUCCGUAUGGAAUACUCAUUCCGAUAUUUGGUUCAUGAGAAUGCGGAAUAGCUAUUCCGGGUCGAAAUAGGAAUCUGGCUUUCAUGGGGAAUAGGUGUGUCUCCCUUGAAUGUUCGCAAUAGCUAUUGUCCAUCUUGAAAAAGGUGUGCAAAUUCGAAAAUGCUCACGUUUCUUUAUUUAUUACAA